UGGUUAAAAUUGCCUGCCUGCCCCAGAGUCAAAUCCUUUCACUGUUCAAAGCAAACCUAAGAAGCUAGUUUUGCUCACCUGGGUUGUAAUUCUGUACACACUUACAUGAGAGUAAGCAAACUGAAUGGAGUGAAACUUACUUUUGAGUAAACAUGCCCAGGUUUGAGCUGUUGUCAUUUGAUUUUCAGAGCCUGCAUGCGGCAGAAAUUCUAAAAGUAAAAAAGCCUUUCAUACUGCAAGAUCUACUGAGGCUGUUCUGCCUAGUUUCAGACUCUUAUGUCAUUAUAUGCCUUGCUUACUUCUGCAUAGCUGCCAAGUUUUCCCUUUUCUCGCGAGGAAGCCUAUUCAGCAUAAGGGAAUUUCCCUUUAAAAAAGGGAGAACUUGGCAGCUAUGUACUUCUGGCAUGUGAGAAGUGUCGAUGAUGUAAUUUGAUUUACAGCAGUAGUUUUAUUGGGGCAACCUGACUUUGUAUGUUACCUUCUUUUCACAAGCAAGUAUUUUAUGGGUAAUGUUCAUGCACAAAAGCAGAAGGCCACCUUAGCCUUGGUGGACUGAUUUCACCAGGAACAUAGGCUAUGGAAGCUUGUGCCAUAAUUAUUUGGCAUGGAACCUCGCUUGUUUGUCAUUUUAUUGUGGCUGGUGGCUUUUGCACUGGGUAGCUUUCCACAUCCUGCCAAGCCCCAUAGAUAAUCUGCCAUGAGCCUGUUUUAUAAUUAAUCUGUGUUUUUAUUGUAUGUUGCAACGUAGACGUUAUUGUUUUAAAUAAUUUGGAAACUGCCUUGAGCGUUUAUUUUAAAGAGCAAUGUGUAAGGGAGGGGGAAGAGGCAAAGUUAAUAAAACAGAGGUCCAGGACUUGAGAGGCUGAAACAGCGUAUGUAGAACGAGGUGCUUGGGAUGUGGGAAGGAGUCGUGCCCAGGAGGUUACGGGAAGCAAGCAAUUCCAAGACAAUUCAUUACAUUGUGGUUUUCAGAUUUAAGAGUUGCGGGGUGGGGGAACUCUAGAACAUGAGAUAGAGAGAAACAGGACCCGUAACAAACCGUUGGGUAUAACCUCUCUCCCAGUAGGAGGGCUCCACUUCAAGGUUCCAUGACUACUGAAGAUGAUCAAUCUUCAUUGGGUUAGGUUUGUUUUGGAGUUUCAUGUGCUCACUUAAGUGCCUCCCCCCCCAAAAAAAAGACUCUGAAUUCUAUCAAGCAUCUUAAUACCUACCUCUUGUCUCUCAGUGGCCCCAUUUGGGCUCCAUUUCUGAAGGUGAUGGGUAGCAUGGGGCUACAGCCUGAAAGUUGCUUGAUUUGCUUGGUCACCUUUCAGCUCCUGGCUCCAUGGAAGUAACACCAGUUUCUGCUUUUUGGCUAGAAGUCAUAGUAACUCAGGAAACUGGUACCCGUUCCUUGAAUAUUCAUAGAAUCAUAGAGUUGGAAGAGACCACUAGGGCCAUCCAGUCCAACCCCCUGCCAAGCAGGAAACACCAUCAAAGCAUUCUUGACAUAUGGCUGUCAAGCCUCUGCUUAAAGACCUCCAAAGAAGGAGACUCCACCACACUCCUUGGUAGCAAAUUCCACUGCCGAACAGCUCUUACUGUCAGGAAGUUCUUCCUAAUGUUUAGGUGGAAUCUUCUUUCUUGAAUCUCCCAUCACUCAAGAUUUAGGGUGCUUGGGGGUUCUCCUUUGGACCUGAAACACAUCCCUAGGAGUGCAUCUGCUAAAAAGGUGUUAAAAGGUUACAGGAGCCGGGGUCUCAUUUGCAUCUGGCCAGCAACACCAGGCCUAAGGAAUCUGUGGUCCUUCAGGUGUUGCUAGACGACGCCUCCCAUCUUCCCUAACCAUUAACCCUGCUGGCUAGGGCUGAUGGGAACUGGAGUUGAGCAACAGAGGGCCAAAGGUAACUUAGCCCUGACAUCUCUGUGUUACAGGCUUCUGAUGUCAACAUACACCCUCAUUCUGACCUGAUAUGGUAACUUCCAUCCAUCUAGCCCAGUUUUUUUAUAUAUUUUGAUUGGCAGUAGUUCUGGGUUUCUGUUGCCUGCCACCUGGAACGCUUUUUACUGGCGAUACCAGGGAUCAAGCCUUAAAUGUGGCCUCUUCCCACAUCCACAUCUUUUUUGAGUGUUCUUUAAACAACACAUUGAGCGAAUUGUAAUUCUGAAAAUGUUCACCUGGAGUCAGAGGCAUUUGAAUUAGCCUUCACAAUGCUAUUUUUCAGGAAUGUGCUUUGCAUCUAGGAAAUAGUCAUUCACUGGACACCAGGGCUUAUAUUUCAACAAGGAAAUGCUAUUCAAUACAAGGGUUUCAGUUGCUUGCAUCAGACUCUGUGGGCCAGUUUCUGGGCCUGAAAUAUCCAAGUAAACAUAUUUUCCCUCCAAAUCUCCUUGACCUAUGACCUAUGAGGUGGCAGGCAUAAAGUCAACAGGCACAUCCUUUCCUGCCAUGGGAGGGGGUGUGGUAGAGAUGAGAAACUUCACCUGUUGAUUUUUUUUUGCCUGUCAUCAGCCCUGAAAAACACAGGAAUAGAAGUGUCAGUUUUUAAAUGCAAAAGGAGGCAGGCAGGCAGGCAGGCAGACAGACAGACAGACAGGCACACACACACACACCAACCCCGCAAAGUUGAAGAACAAGAAAAUAGAUCUUUCCUGAAUCUCUCCAACCGCCCGUCGGUUGCAGAAUAAAAAAAAAAAAGUGCAAGCACUUUAUACCUUUCAACUUGUUCUUCUCUGCCUGCAAGGCGCAUUACAAAUAAAUGACAAAGCGUUUGGGGAGGGAAGGUUCAUGCAGGCACCCGGAGCAUUGCCAGCGAGCCAGUUUAUACUUGCUGCCGGAGUGUAAUAAAGUCAGCUUGCUUGAAUGCACAAGCAGCUCCUGAGGACCAAAGGACGGUGUGGGAAGGCAGCGGGGGGGGGGGGGCGUGCCGGAGAAUGCUCCAGUAUGGUGGCUUCCGAUGACAAGCAAACUGUGCAAAGAGACAGCAAGUUGAAAGGGAAACGGAUCUGCCUGACGCGGCCACCGGCAAACCCAGCCGACCCCGGCGAGGAGAGGGAGGCAGUGUGAUAUGACCCCUUUGCUGCGGGCUCCCACAUGUCUUCCAAGGUGGAGGAAAUGGCAACGAUUGAAACAAUCGACAGCCCUUUGCCCUCUGAACUGGCAAAUAAGGUUCUGGAUGCAAACCAAGCCGAGAUGACAGAUGACAGCACGUGUACAUGGAACGAGCAGCUGGAAAAUGAGCUCUUACGAGUCCUGGGGAGUCUGGAUGACCAGCUGGCGCAGGAACAAUCCCGAGGAGAAGCAGGGAAUAGGAGGACCCCAGCCGACUCUGGUUCCAGAGCACCAGACACCGAUCCCUAUUCAGCUCUUACUCGACCGGGUUUCCCUGGAGGGGUGCAGAGAAAUGAACGGAGCAUGUUUUUGCCAGAUAGGACAAGGAUGCUGCAAGCCACCGAUGAACACAAGGCUUUAUUCAGGCCGAGGGUGCCGUGUGAUACAUAUACAAAAAGGCAGCAUGCGAAGGACGGCACAUACGGGGAUGUUUACGGCAGAAGCUCCCCUGUCUUGAAGAGAGGGAAUUCUACUCGCUCUCUUGGACAUUCUUCAGAAGGCAGCAUGCAUCUCCCUCUGGGACAACGCAGCAGUGGAUUCGGACACAAGGACUUCACACCCAGGGAUUCAGUUGGCAGGAGUUACUCUCUGUCUUGCCUUGCAAGGCGCCCGUCUUUGACGUCCGUGGACCAGCUUUCCGCAGCAAGCCCGCAGCACCCACUGGAAGGCAACAGAGUCUUCGCACCAAGGAACUAUCGCCAGCAUCCGAGGCGGACUCCCCUGUCAUCUAUUGUAUGGAAUACACCGCCGCCUUCAGAGCAUCCGGUAUACCCAGACGGGCUUCUUAGGACGCAGUCAUUAAUGGAGUUUGGCCCAGUGUUUGAGGACACAUACCCUUGUUCUCUGCAGAAGGACGCAAGAUACGAAUUUUACAGAACAAAAGUAAAUUACAGAAGAGCGGUGCCGGUUACGAGCAAUCCCGUUUUUGCGGACAAACAUACAGACCCGCUGGGGUUUGACAACCGGGAGAAUUUUUUGUUGCAUCAGCGGGGAAUGAACGCUUCAAAGCCCCACUAUAGAUACCCAUCCUUUCAUGGCAGGAUGAGCCUCCCCCGCAAGAGUUUUCCUUCCGGAAGAAUAGAGGAGAGGCUUCUUAUGCCCACUGACCACCAUUACUACAACAAUGAAGUCUUUGUCGGCCCUGAUGCUGAUGUGGAAAGGAUUCCGCCAAAUCCCAGAAAUUGGCAAGGUGCCUAUGCGGAAAAAAUGGGGUUGCAGCCAGGUGAGAGGGAUGCUCAGAGCCGCGUAUCGGAUUACGUCAGGAGGCACAUGGAGCGUUCAGACGGUGUACGAAACAAACCGUUUGCAAAGCAUGCAGAGGGUGUGCGGAGCUGUUCAGCACUUGAUUUAUCUGUCCAAAAGGGCCAAACGGAAUAUGCAGCGCAAAGACAAAAUCCUUUCAUUAGAGCUGGACAAGCUUCCUCAAAGGCUUUGGCUAAACACUUUGAAACCAAGAGAAACUUCAAAGCAGAAGAGGAGAGGGCUGCUGACCGGAUGGACAAAAAGGACAGCGGAGGCGACAGUGAAGCGACAUUAAGACUAAUUUCUGAUCCAGUGGACACACAUAGUCCCGCUGAUUCUUUGAUGCCUCCUUGUAAGAACUCUUCCGCAGUUGACCCACAAAGCUGCACAUCACUUAAACCACCUCACUUACUGUGUUCAAAGUCAGAUUCCAUAACAGAUACCGGAAACAGUUAUUUAUCAAACAUUCACAACAGAACCGGACAAAGAAACGAAGGUGAUUGUGCCAUAAAUAGGGAUCUCAAUCAAACAACUCCCCCUCAGUUAACUGCCAACAACCCAAGGACAUCAAUUCUUCAUCUCUUGGAGCGAGAGGGGCGUGCUAUGGAAAGCUUGGGAGCUCUCACACCCAACAAAACGCCUGGGAAUAGUUGUUUGUCUGCUUUGAGCAGAGGCCCCAAAGUGCUUGUCGAAGAUGAAUUGCCAUAUUCUUGCACUGAACAUUCCAACAAGUGCAAUAGGUUUGUUAAACAUACAACUAGCAAUAGUGUCACUGGCUCUCCCAGUAACAGCCCCCCCAAAUCUCCUGUAACAUAUUGCACCUUACCUAGAAAAUCUGCCAGUAUUGAUGGUAGUAUUAUAUCGGAGAAACCUAUCUCUUCUGCUGCAAGGCAAAUCUUCUUUAAAAACAACAGAGCUGUGGGAGAUAAUUUAGAAACCAUUGCAUCGACUAGGAUGGGGGGGAAAUUUCCAAAUCAGAGAGCUAAAAGCUUCUUGCUAAAUUCAGCCCGUUCUUCCUUAAGCCCAUCACCAAAAGAUGUCUCCUGUAAUCUUUCACCAGCUAAAGGCAAUCCUUCACUGAUAACCAAAGAGCCUAGCAAAUCUGUCGGUUCUAAUAACGCCAAGGGGAGAAGCACUAUCGUACAGAGUCCAGACAAAACUGAAAUAUCUGUGCUUUCUGAAUGUGAGGGAACUGAUGCAGGAAAUCCCUUAAAGCAGUACAAAACUACCAGCACACUUACAGUUAGCAUUGAGGAAGAUAAUGUAAAAUAUCACGAGUUGAUUUCGGUUUACUACACCUUACCACGGAAACAGUCGAGAACGCUGAGCAACCUCUUUCUAGAUGGUGACCAGAGCACAGACUCUUCCCCGCCCAAAGGCAGAUGUGAGCUUCCGCAGAAGAAAUAUGAAGUCCGCAUUGGUUUAGGAAGAGUGGCUUUUCCUUCCAGUUUAGAAAAAGAAGGAAAAGCAGAAUCUCCUGGCAAAAUGGCUGCCCCACCUGAUUUGUCGCAGAACGCAAAAACCUCUGAUGAUGCUAAUAUAGAAGAUUGCUGUGUCACAGAAAGAGCAGGUGCUUCUCCAAGUAUGCUGUAUAAUAGAGAAGGAGUGUUAGGCUCUCCAGCAGAAACGCCAGACCUUACAUUUUCCAACAGGGUAGUCUCACAUGGACCUUCAGGUGACCCGAAACCCAGUGAAACCAUGAAUGAAUCUGUUAGUGCUACUACCAGCAGACAUUGCAAGGUGCAUAUUUUCAAGUUUCCCUCUCAACUGCAGGAAGAGUCAAAAGUUGACUCAUCAUUAAGCCACAGCUCAUCAAAUACCACAGACAUUAGACAAGAUGUAGAGGUCAAAGAAAGGGCAUGUUAUAGAGACCCUAGUAUUUCCAAAAAGGGCAAUAUAUUGCAGUCGAGAAGUGAAAACGUUGGGAGCAGCACAGAUGAAGCAUUCAUUUCAGAGGCCAAGGUGCAUUCUAAGUUCCAGAACCAAACAUUACAAGUCGACGCAACUUCCACAGUUGAUCCAGCACUCCAACCAAACCGGAGUUCUUUAGAGUAUGCAAAGAAACAAAAGGAGGUGUUUCGGAAUUCUCUGCUACACAAAGAUUGCACAAAUGCACCGAGAUUGGUGAGAAACUCUGCAGAUAACUCUAAAGAUCAGGUUGCAGGUGCUGCACAGGAUCUGCCAGACUCUGCAGAGACUGAAAAUAAGCUAAUCUUGGAUUCCACUAAAGAUAAAGCUAGCGACAUAGAAAAAAGGAAAAACAGGCCUUCCAUUAAAAACAAGCUGGCAGCCAUGUACAAAACAAGUCGAAAGUUUUCCAGCAAGAAAACCUCAAGUCCCAAGCCACACAUAAGUAACAUCUUUUCACAGAACAAUGCUCCGUUGGAGAUCAGCCACCCUCAUAGUAUGUUGAUUUCACCUGAUGUUCCUCCAUCACUUCUCCAAGCAGGAAAUGAGAACCAGAAUAGGAAUUCUCUGGCUGAUGAAUUCGACAACAUGGUGCUGGACAAGCCAGACAGUAAGAAACCUCAAACUAACGAGGGUCCCCCAUUGCUUACUAAUGAGGUUAGAAGACCUUUUACAAACUUGUGCAACCAAAAAAGAGAAAGCCCCAGAAUUGAGACCCCGCAGAAUUCUACAGCCUUGUUUCCAAAAGUAAGAAUGUUCUCAACAAGUAGCAACUCCCAGACAGAUGACGGACUGGAAAAUAUUAGUUGUUCUGUCCCCUCCAAAAUUAUAGUUGCAGAUUCAAAGCAAAUGAAAAGGGAUGUUGUUAAUGUCGGCGAGCCUUUGUUUUUUCCACUUUCAUCUGAUAAUACCUCAAACAUUCUUAACAAAAGUUAUUCAAAGAUCUGUCCGUCGCAAAAGAUGACCUCCCCUACAGAAUAUGACCACCAUCCAAACAUCAAGGAGCCGAACAGGUUGAGAAAGCUAAGCCGACCCUACAUUGAACCAGUCCUAAAUCUCAGCAAAGCUCAACGUGAACGGCAUUUUUCCGAAAGUUCCUAUACUCGAGCGCCCUGUGAUCGCCUGGCCUCCAGGAGCAACUUGAUAAGCCACGGCAGUAGGUAUAAUCGGAAGUUCAAAUCCCACUCUGAACUGUUGUCUUGCGAUGAAAAUGAGAACUGGGAGACAGACCACGAAAGCUACAAGACCUUUGGAUCCAGGCGUGUGUUGUACCCAUCAAUUGAGUUUGGCAUUUUUGGGAAAGAGCAGCAGCAGGCUUUCUUGGAUAACAUAAAGAGGUCUCUCACAGAGGGACGGUUGUGGAGUCCGUGUCUUCUGAAGAACUCUAGUUCUCUGAGGAAGGAGGAGGAUUGUUCCUUGAACAGAUCUCAGCUGCUGAGCUCCGGUUCUGCUGAGAAAAACACAUCAGCGGGAGACUCACACCCAAAUGAGCUGGCUGAUGUCCACGGAGAAGACCCUACAGAUUAUUCAGAUUCAGACUCCAGCACCACCACAGAUGACGAAUACUACCUGGAUGAGAACGACAAGGAGUCAGAACUUUGAGGGGUUAUGAGGCACAAUGAAGGGGGGUGGGGGAACUUUACCAAAAGGCUGGCUUGUCUGUUCCUUGGGUAGUUUAUAAAAUAUUUGGGUGUGAAUGCCUGUAGAUGUGCUGAUUUGAUUUCCAACCCUAAAUACACACAUUACCUUGACCACCUCACAAAUCACAGAGCUUGUUCUGCAGUGCCCAAGUUUCAAUCCCUCAUGACAGUGUAAAGUAAUGAUGAUGAUGAUGAUGAUGAUGAAGAAGAAGAAGAAAAUGUUGCUAAAGGGUCUCAAAUAGGGUUACUAGCUCCCCCCCCCCCAGUCUUCUGUGCCAUUAGUAAUUGCAUAUGGAACAGUUGUGGAACUUUUCCAGGUUUGGAGAUUCAGCAGCAGGGAAUUUGUAUAAUGAAUUUAAUGGCGAGAAAGACCUGGAAGAAAACAGCUGCAUAUCUUACCCAGAAUAUAGAGGGUGGAUGUAUCAAUGGUCUAUGAAUCAAGGAUGCACAGUUUCUGUGGCCUAUGUACAUUCAUGUUUCUUUCCCAAUCCAUCCCACCUCCUUUUUCCUAGUAAGGAGAUGGGUAACUUAUAUGUGUGUAUUUAAUAUCUGAUGUGAAUAUAUCUUUAGAUUGUGCAAGCAAAUUAAUGUUUAAUAUAUUUAAACAUUGGAGCACUGCUUGGUGGAUUGUUACCCAAGAGCUCAUUGACCCAGCCAAAGUUAAAAGAAUGUCAAAUCCCACUCAUCCUGGUGUAAGAAACUCUCCCAUGAAAAAAAAAGUGUGACUUAAAAGUGCACUUGGCCGAUUUUUGCCUUACGUGUUGUUGUUGUUGUUUUAAACAGCAAGUAUGAACACUUCAGAAAUGGUGCCCAAGGUGGUUAUUUUUAAAUUGCGGGAUAUACUUCAUUUGAAAAAGUAUAUAGACAAGUUGAGUGUGUGCCUUUAAAUAUUAUUUUCUCGUGUGGUAUUGCUGUUGAAAUUACGACUUAAAAUAAUGAAUGAACUACCUGUACAUAUUUAUCGCCAGUGGUUUGUACACUGUUCUGGUAGAAUUUUAAAGUAGAAGCCAAAAGGUACAUUUGUGUACGAAGAUGUAUAUCUGUAUUGUUUAAAUAUGAAUUAUUUUGACAAGAAAUAUUCUGUGUGCAUUGGGCAUGUGACUCUAAUUUAAUAUUUAUAUAGCAUUUUGUACCCUAAAGUGACGAGAAGUUCAGCAUGCAUCAUAAGUGGUGCACAAGUGUUUACAUUGAGCGGUUCUAGAAUUGUGUGCUCCUUUUUGUGUUUUGUACAAUAUUUGUAAGUAUUGUAAAUGUUUUUUGAGAUUAAUUUGGAAGCAAAUCCUUCCCCCUUUUAAUAUUCUCACUCAUCUUUCUGCAUAUGCUACAUAUGCAAAGAAAAUGAUAACUUUGAUUUAGAUAAAUUUUGUUCUUUAUUUAUUUAGUGUUGGCUUCGGUUUUGCACUGUUGCUGAUGCAAGCAGGUGAAUCGUCAUACACAGUGCAAUCCUAUGCAUGUCUACUUAAGAAGUAAGGCCCGCUGAGUUCAGGGGACUUAUUCCCAGAUAAAUUAUAGGAUCGCACCCUUAAGUCUGUCGUAAACGUCAGUCCAUAUGCUCACUUCACUGGCUCUCUUGCACACCAUGGUUUACUCACGUGAGCAAUGUAACACCGGAGAAGAUGUGUGAAACACCACAGACCAGCUUCUAUAUAAGCAGAAAAAGCUCCAAAAGUAAUAAGAAAAGAAGAAGAAGAAAACACUCCAAAAGUGGUGAUUUUAUUUAUUUAUUCUGCAAGAUUCUUCUAUACCACUUGAUUGUAACGAAACAUCAAAAGUGGUUUGCAAAAAUAGUAAAACGAGGGUAUUGUCAGUCAAAAAGCAGUUAAAAGGAACUAUUUAAAACAUUCAAGAAGUAUUUAAAAUCCAACAUAAACUAAGAGCUAUAUUUAAAUAUAUGUCAACAUUCUACAUGUCUGGAUAGGCUAACAGUUCGGAUCUCUGAGCAGAGAUAUUACAUGCUGACAGGUUCCCUUGUCAGCAGUUGUGCUGCAGUAUUCUGCACUAAUAGCAGCUUCUGGGUCAAGCACAAGGGUCAAGCCCCACAUAGAGCGCAUUGCGGUAAUCCAGUCCAGAAGUAAACAAUGCAUGGACUACUGUGGCCAAGCUUUCUUGGUCUAGGGAUGGUUGUAGCUGUUGUACCAGUCAGAGAUGGUAAAAGGUGCUUCUAGCCACCAGUGACAAGGCUGGAUCCAGGUACAUUCUCCAGAAGCAAAGCUGCUCUUUCAGGAGGAGUGGAACCCCCCCAUCCAGGGUAAGGCAAUGGAGCAGUUUCUCAGAAAUCCCUGAUGGAAGCUGACCUGCCAAAUUCUGAGAGUCCCCCUGCUCUGCUGUUGCAUUGCUCAUGCAAGCAGACUAUCGAAGUGCCAGCAAAGCCAAAGUGUGACACUCAGUGCUAGACUUGAUCCAUAUGCUUCUGUAAUUCAAGCUCCAAGGCACACACAGAAUAUGCCUUUCCUGCCAGGCUUGCUCUGCUCAUUUAACCAAGGUAGGUCAUCGCUGUAUCCAGGGCCGGCCCAUCCAUGGAGCAAGGUGAGGCAGUUACCUCAGGUGGCAGCAUCCACAGGGGCAGCAGAUCCAGCCUUCAAUAAAUGCAUCACUCACUGCUGCUUGCUGAGGUAGCAGCAACCUCUACAGCAGCCUCUUGGUGAAUGGGAGGCACUGGUGGUCUCCUCCUACCCUUGUUUCCAAUGCAGAUAUUUCUGAUGUACAUCUUCCCUCAUCUCUUCUUCAUUAGCAAGGGGUGGGGCGCCAUUUUUGUGGCUCGCUUCAGGUGGCAUACGGUACCGUCUUGGACCAGCCCUGGCUGUAUGUAUAUUGCCUUGACCUCUCACCAUAGCUGCCAAGUUAUCCCUUUUUUAAAGGGAUUUUCCAUUAUGCUGAAUAGGCUUCCUCGCGAGAAAAGGGAAAACUUGGCAGCUAUGCCUCUCACAUCUGCUGCCUCCACUGAAAUAAGCAGCGCAACACACUAUAUACGCAAAUUUUAUGUGUGUUUUGGAGCACAAGAGAGAUAGCUGCAACCCUUUAAUAGAUGUUGUCUAUCAGAGAGGGCUAUUUUCUCAUGUUUUCAGGCCUCCCGACAUCCCGACAUUGCUUGAAUGUAACUCAGUGGUGGCCAGUCAUUUUGGCAGCUCAGCCUGAAGUUAAGUCCAGAGUAUGAAGCGUAUAUGCAGCUUCCUGCGCACCUCGAUGUGGUUUUGCCUCUGGCAUACAAAUGUAGGAGCAGUGCAAUACCGAAGAGGCAGACAGGAGUGGGGAACCUCCGGCUGGCAUGUUUAAUUACACCCAGCCGACACCCCAGUUUUGCCUCUGAAGCUGUUUCAACCAAGCCACGUCCAGCUGCUCUUCACCUGGCGUCAUAUUAUGACUAAAGGCUUGGAGCAGGUGAAGAUGCACCUCCCGGCCGAAAACAGGAUUUGCAGGCCCUGCUGGGCUGGCGGCACCUGCCAAAGAGCCCUGUUUGAGAAACUGUUCACCUGGUAGGCAGGUGGGCUGCCCGCUUUAGCUGCCAAAAUGGCCCCAUGAUGGUUGGGAAAUCCAAGGAUCUGUCUCACAAUCUAGAAAUGGCUCCGAGCUAGAUCAGUUUAGAGAUGGGGAACCUGUGGUGCUCUCAGAUGCUAUUGGAGUCCCCACUCUCAUCAGCGCCAACAAGCACUGCCAUUUGGUCGGGGUCCCCCGCUCUUGAUUUAGUCCUGCAGACCCUUGUCUCUCUCUGUCUCUCUCUGUCUCUCUGCCAUGAUCUUCCGGCUUGUGGCUCCUGUAAUGCAGGUUGGCCACUUGCAUUUUAUGCAGAAAAAGCUUUGAUUUAAAAAUAAGCCAUUAGUAUUGACUACUACUAUUUUUAAAUAAAGGGAGUGUAUUUCUUCCGAAAUCACAGUUCAUUUUGUGUUAUUCAUAUGUCUUCUGUAUCCAUUCCGAUUGCCCUACAAAUGUGUUGUUGUUUUUUUCAAAGGCGCACACAUCUUGAUGCUGUUUUCACAACAGUGGUGGCAAAUACACAAACAGAAAUUCCUAUGUGAAUGGUUUCUUCCUCUUUAAUCAUAGUGGGAUAUGUUUCAAGUAACUCUAGGAAGUGGACUAGGCCUAGCGCCUGAAGGAAACAUCAACCACAUAGCUAAGCAAGGACUGGCCAGAGCUUGGGUGGCGGAUAACUCUGUCUUGCCCUGAAUUUUAUUAGAGAACUGCAUAAAACAACUGAAAGCAAACAGGCUGAGAAAUGAAUCCAGUCACACGAGAAGUCAUUUUACACAUUUUUAUCAAGUUAACAUAGCAGAAGGAGAGUAGUUCCAAGGCUUUAUGUAUAAGGUAUCUAAAAUUUGGCAUGCUCUGGUCCAUGGGGUCACGAAGAGUUGGACACGACUAAACAACAUCUAAAAUUUGAUUUUAAAAAAAUCAAGGUGAAAGUAGCCAGAGGGAAUACCUAAGGCAGUUAGGGCAUGAAGGGUCUGAGAUUGAUUCCAAAGGACUUUGGCAGAGUCUGGACUGGAGGAUUAAGAAAACAAACUGUGGUUCACCCAACGGUACAAUCUAACGUUGACUGGCUUUACUGAUCACCUGCUUGCAGGGAUGUAACUAGACAUUUCCUGAGCCUCGCGCAAAUGUCCAAAAUCUACACACACACACCGGUGCAAAAGCGACUUACGGUUCUGGAACACUGCUUUUUAGUUCUGUCCCACAAACUUUUUAAUACAUCUCAAAAAAUCCUGUUUCAAGCCAUGCAUAAAUACUCCCCUGCAGUAUAAAUAUUGAAAACUGUAGAGUAAGGCAAACUAUCAACAGCCUGAACACAAAUAACUUGUUUUUUUUCAGCACUACCCUGAUGAGACUCAGCGAAGAUCUGCAUCCUAGCUAACUCUGCAUGCAUUAAUGGCAUCUUCUGCGAAAAGGAUUAUAGGCAGCGCAGCCUGAGACCUUAGAGGUGGUACUGUGCUGGGUGGACAAAUACAUAUUCUUGCCUGCUGCAGAACAGCUUCUUAAGUAAAAGGCUAGUUGGUUGGACACUCAGGCACAUAUGGAGCUCCUGAAUAAAGUGAAGUGCAUUCACUCUCAAGGAGAGGGAACAGGGAGCACACAGGAGCUUCCUUUGUUGAAGUGAAUGGUGGGUAUAAUGUGUUGUGUUUUGUUCCUUGCCAGCUUUUUAACUGGCAGUGCCUUCCAGGAGCAGCUUGCCUGAUGUACUGCAGACACGAGCAAGGGAUAAUUAGCUGCCUUGGAGUGCCCAAAGGCAGGAUAUGCGGAACCCUUCACAAUCAGAUCUGAAGAUCAAGCUGGUGCUUAAAACCGAUUUGCAUUUAAGCGGGAGCCUGCU